UUAUAUUACUUUAUUUUGUUCCAUGUGUACAUUUCAAAUUCUAAUGCAUCUUAUAUAGAAUAAUAUUUUUAGUGUUAUGUUAUAAUGAGUAAAUUUAAGUGUGUCCUACACUACACGUGCCCGAUUGGUCUGAAGAAAUUUACAGAUCCUCUUCCUUAUGGAGAGGUCAGUUCUUCGUAGCUCUUCAUGCAAGCCCUCGGUGGUGGGUGUUGCUUUUAUUUUUUGGUCAUUGCUUAAUCAUUUGUUAUCAUGGCAAUCUAACUUCACUACCAAUGAGUUAUUGCAACUAUUUAUUAAUUUAACGUUAUAUUAUCUUUUGGUCUUGGUGCUUUUUCACAGAUUUGGACUCGGGAAGUUCUUCUGGUGAUGAAUCAGAUGUGGUCAAGGAUUCAGCUUCUGGAAAUAAGAUGUUAAAUUGUGGUCAUGAGGGGGAGAGUGCUUUACCGGAUAGGCAAGUCUCCCCACAAAAGCUUUAUCGUGCAGCUUUAUUGAGAAGCCGAUUCGCAGAUAUUAUAAUUAAAGCCCAAGAGAGUAGUCUUGAAAAUGGCAAGAAUCAGGAUCCUGAAAAAUUGAAGCUUAACAGAGAAGAGCUUGAAAGACGAAGAAGAGGAGAGAAAGCUCGUUUGCAAGCAGAAGCCAAGGCUGCAGAAGAUGCUCGAAAAAUGGCUGAAGCAGAGGCCGCAACAGAAGCCAAAAGGAAAAGAGAACUUGAAAGGGAAGCAGCACGUCAGGCCCUGCAGAAGAUGGAGAAGACCGUCGAGAUUAAUGAGAAUAUCCAAUUUACUGAAGAUUUCGAAAUCUUUAGAGCUGCUCUGGACGAGAACUCAGAAGGCACGAUAGAGCAGACAAAUCCUGAAUGUUCUGAAAAUGGCCUUGGUAGUCUCAAAUUUCAGGCAACAGGUAAUCCACUGAAGCAACUUGGACUAUACAUGAAGGAGGACGAGGAGGAAGAAGUUAAAUAUCAAAGUAACCCAGGUACUUCAAAUGAUAUGGAAGAUGGAGAAAUUGAUUGAUCAACUUGUUUCAAUCUCAAGAGCCUAUAAUGACGAGACUGUAAUCUUUGAUGAAAUUUGAGGUGUUUUCCUUAAAAUCCUCUUACUGUUCUGGUGAAAUCUUAACCAUUUUCUU